AUGCGAGUCGCAACCGCGUUCUGGCUCGCGGCAGCCACCCUCGCCAAGGCCGCGUACUGGAUGGAAGACAUCGAUCACCAGGGCAUCUCGGCAUACCACCCGGACCCGAACUACAAAGUCUUCCGCAACGUCAAGGACUUCGGUGCCAAGGGCGACGGCGUCACGGACGAUACGGCCGCCAUCAACGAGGCCAUCUCCUCGGGCCAGAGAUGCGAGCCGGGGAAGUGCAAGGGCGAGACGACGUCGCCGGCUACCGUCUACUUCCCCCCUGGAACCUACCUCAUCUCGGGCUCCAUCAUCGACUUCUUUUACACUCAAAUCAUCGGCGACCCGACUGACAGGCCCGUGAUCAAGGCCGCCGCCAACUUUCCCACCAACACCACCCUCGGCCUUCUUGACGGAAACCAGUACGGCGCAAACGGCCUGGCAUGGGGUGCUACCAACGUCUUCUUCAGACAAGUCCGCAACCUCAUCUUCGACACCACCGACAUCCCGGCGUCCGCGUCGGCUCUUGCGAUCCACUGGCCGUCGUCUCAGGCCACCUCCAUCACCAACUGUGUCUUCCGCCUCGCCGAGGGCGCGGACAGCAAGCACGUUGGUCUCUUCAUCGAGGAGGGCUCCGGCGGGCUUUUGAACGACCUGGACUUUUACGGAGGGCAGUACGGCGCCAACUUUGGCAACCAGCAGUACACCCUUCGCGGCGCUCGCUUCUUCAACGCCCAGGUAGCCAUUAACCAGCUGUGGGACUGGGGCUGGACGUACAAGAGCAUCUACGUCGAGAACUGCGGCACCGGCAUCCGCAUGCAGGACAACAGCACCACGUCCAUCACCCUGAUCGACUCGCAGUUCGUCAACGUCAAGACGGCCAUCCGCACGAGCCGCGACCCGGGCGCCAAGGUGCCCUCGACGGCCGGCACCCUGGUCUUGGAGAACGUCGCCUUCUCCAACGUCGGCGCCGCCCUCAUCGGUCCCAAGAACAACACCAUCAUCCCGGGAACCUCGGGGACCAUCCUCAACCAUGGCUUCGCCAUGGGCCACGUCUACACGCCCACCGGCCCCACGGACUACACGGGCGGCGACGCUUCCUACUUCCCCGUCUACCCGGCGCUCCUGGCGUCCUCCUCGACUAACGGCACCAAGUACUACGAGCGCUCCAAGCCGCACUACGAGGACGUCCCCGCGAGCUGCUUCAUCUCGGCUCGCUCCUUCGGCGCCAAGGGCGAUGGCACAACGGACGACACGGUGGCGCUCAACAACCUCUUCAACUACGUUACCGCCGACCCGUCGGCCUACCUCGUCGCCUUCGUCGACGCCGGCACGUACUACGUCUCCGACACCGUCUUCAUCCCGCCCGGCGCGCGCAUCGUCGGCGAGGCGCUGGCCUCCAUCAUCAUGGGCGGCGGCGCCCGGUUCCAGGACAUUACGCGGCCGCACCCGGUCGUCAAGGUCGCCAUCCCCGGCCAAUGCGGCUCCAUCGAGUGGUCCGACAUGAUCGUCUCGACGCGCGGCGCGGCGCCCGGCGCCAAGGUGAUCGAGUACAACCUCAACACGCUCGGCGGCGAGCCGUCGGGCAUGUGGGACGUCCACGUCCGCGUCGGCGGGUUCGCCGGCACGCAGCAGCAGCUCGCGCAGUGCCCGACGACGCCCAACGCCACCGUCACGGCCGAGACGGUCGACGGCAACUGCGUCGCCGCAUGGAUGAGCAUGCACCUCACGCGCGCGAGCUCCAACGUGUGGAUGGAGAACUGCUGGCUCUGGAUCGCCGACCACGACCUCGAGGACCCGGACUACAAGCAGGUCACCGUCUACGCCGGCCGCGGCCUGCUCGUCGAGUCCACCAACGGCCGCGUCUGGCUCUCGGCCUCGGGCAGCGAGCACCACACGCUCUACCAGUACCAGCUCUUCAAGACGCGCGACGUCUACAUGGGCCAGGUGCAGUCCGAGACGCCGUACUACCAGCCGAACCCGCCCGCGACGAUCCCCUUCCCGCGCGUCCAGGGGUAUCACGACCCGGACUUCGAGGCCGACUGCCGGGGCCGCCAGGGGAAGGGACCGGGCGCGCCGACGUGCGCGAUGGCGUGGGGCCUGCGCAUCAUCAGCAGCCGCAACGUCGUCGCCUUCGGGGCCGGGCACUACUCCUUCUUCAACAACUACAACACGUCGUGCAGCCAGAUCGGCGCCGGCGCGCGGUGCCAGCAGAGGAUCGUCGACGUCCGGGACGCGCCGGGCAACUGCACGGCGACGGACGACGUGAACAUCUACAACCUGCAGAUCGUCGGCACGCGGGCCAUGGUCACCCGGGACGGAACGGACGUGGCCUUUUACAAGGACAACAUCGCCGGGUUCACGGCGGGCAUUGCGCUGUAUCAGCACUGA